UUGUGUUGUAAAACUUGUAAAUUAAUUUAUGCCAGCCCUAACGUCCUACUCGCACAUUUUAACUUGUUGCACCUACUUUCAAAAAGUUAAAAAAAUUUCGGGUUUAUGUGAGAAAGUGAACUCGUUAUCUAAUUAACAUGUUAUAAUAUUGGCUUUCGAAUUGUGUUAUCUAAUUUACCGUUACAGGGACGCGGAAUGUGUGUUGUUUUCAACAUCAGAGGUAUUUCGUUACGAGAACUUACGAUGCACCUGCAGUGCAGAUACGUCGGGCCUUGAUUUUAAUCGUGUACGGUGCAACAUUGACACGACUGAAAGACAAAUUAAUGUAAUGAAGCCAGUCCAUAAAUACGUGGAAAUUGGGUAUUGACUAUAACACAAAAAGUAAAAAAUAGACCCCUAAGGUCUAAAUGAGACAUCAGUUCACAAAAAUGAGUCACAGUGUUAUGUGCCUCUAUUGUUUUGUUUUUGUGGAAUGCCUCCCGUUUCGAUGAGUAAAGUUCAAAGAAUGCGAGCCAAGUGAAGUGAAAAAGACUGUUCCAAAUUCAAAUUGGCAUAACUAUUUGGCGGGAACAGUUGUUGAAUUCGGUGAUUUUUGUUAUGAAAUGUGCGUGUUCUUAUGAAGUGUAGCGAAUAACAGCAAUGGCUCAGAGUUCCGUGGACUCGGAUAGACUAUCUUCGGCUAAUAUUUCGACUCACAGCUCAGGUACUGCUGGUACUGUGGGUGGAUCAGUAGUUGGUGUCAGAGUUGGUGAUCCCAACCAUAAACGAGAGGAUGAAGAAGAUUAUACCUUGGGACCAUUACCUCCGAUGUGGGAGAAGGCUUUUACACCUUCUGGAGAAAGAUACUUUAUAGAUUACAACACUGGCACGUCACAUUGGCUAGACCCUCGAUUAGCCAGAGUCAGGAAACACUCCCUCGGUGAAUGUGGCGAAGAUGAGCUGCCAUACGGAUGGGAAAGGGUUACGGACGAAAGAUAUGGCUCGUACUACGUUGACCAUAUUAACAGACGGACGCAGUAUGAGAAUCCUGUACUGCAGGCGAGAAGGCUUAGAGCUGAAAAAAUGGUUGCAGAAAAUGGUAACAACAACCAGAUGAACGGCCCUCCACCCUCGGGAGAGUUAAGAGGGGAGAGGUUCACCCUCAAUCUUACGAAAGGCACCCAGGGUCUGGGGUUCACGCUGAUCGGCGCUGAGGGCAUACCGGAAACGGAGGGAUAUCUUCAAAUUAGGAGCAUAGUGCCACACAGCCCUGCUUGGAUUGAUGGUGCACUGCGGCCCGGCGACGUGGUAGUGGGCGUGGGCAACAGAGGUGUGCGCGGUCUGUCCCACGCCCAAGUGGCACAGAUUUUUCAGUCUAUCACGCCUGGCACCGAAGUCACCCUGCAUCUUGUGCGUGGCUACCCUUUAUCAUUCGAUUCGGAAGAUCCGAAUACCCGCGUGCUCAGCACAAUGGCAGUGGACGCGACUACUCCAGCAACCUCAGACGCUGUUGCCAUGCAACAACUUACCAGGGCUUUGAGGACCAGAUUUAACCUCGACUCGCCAAAUCACGUAGGAUCUCAAGGACGCGACGAAACUGACAACUCUCCUGUAACCCCACACAGCCCCAACCAGAGGCGGCUCAUGUCAAGAUCCUUCGAGCUGGACGAACUUGCCACCUCCGUCGACCACGACCCCGCACCGCCCAGGUGCCCUUCCGCCGACCAUCUGCUGACCCUGGCCACUGACCACCAACACCGGAAUACCAAUGGUACAUCGAACGAACCAGGACGCGAACUCGUGCUCACGUUAAGAAGAGGCGCUGCGGGCUUCGGAUUUACCAUUGCUGAUAGUGUGCACGGGCAGAAGGUUAAGAAGGUGCUGGACCGUAGUCGCUGCGCCGGGUUACGAGAAGGUGAUCUCCUGCUACAGAUCGGUGAAAAUGAUGUGAGGCACGCACCUCAUCAGCAUGUUGUACAGGUAUUAAAAGACUGCCCUGCGUUAUCCGAGACCACCCUGCGUGUGUGGCGACGGAACACGAUAACGCGAGCGCCGAGGAGUAGAUCUGCGACCCGCGUCCAACCUGCUUCAACCGCAUCCAAUAACAAUAACUUGGGCAGAAGUAAAACGCCGACCGCAGAACAACUGCGAUCGCAGCCGCUGCACACGACGGACAAUGAUGUUAGAGAGAGACAGAACGGCAUGAACUCUGUUGAAGCAACGUAUGCGGUUCCUGAAAACAAAAACCGAGAAAACCGGGAAACUUUAAUGGAAAGACGACGUCGAAGCAGCACCCCCGGGGCAAGACUGACCCUCCCCGUCGUCACACCCUGGAACGAGAACCAGGAAAACCAAUGGCAGCAGCAACCUUGGCUGGACAACUCUAAUAACGUGCGGAACUGGGCGGAAACGCAGAAGUGGGAUCAAAAUGGACAAAAGUGGGAGGAGGCCGCUCAAAAAUGGGAUGGGAACACCACAGAGUAUAUAGGGAGGUUGGACGGGCCUAGCGAAGGGUGGGAGGGGGAGAGAUGGAACAAUAAUUGGGGCGAGGUUCCCACCCCUACUGUCCACGUGGAUAUGAACGCCGCUUAUUGGAGGGGGAACGCCAGCGUUGCCGAUAGCAGCGAUAAUGGUGGUUUCCCAGAAGACGGGAUGCUACAUUCCCCACACACGGCGGCGGUGGGGGGCCUGUCGCGGCAGUCACCUUCCACUAGCAGGAUCAGACCGCAUUCGCCUUCCAACUCCACUGGCCGCUUGAGAAGUCACUCGCCGUCUAACAACAGCGCAACGGAUCGACUCCUAACAAACUCGCCAUCUACGCGGUUGCAAAGUCAGUCUCCCUCAAAUAACUCCUCGAACAGCAGAAUAAAGGGCUCGCCUUUAAGGUUGCGCGAAGCAUCACCCGCAAGACAUAUGCACAGUCCGGCGCGAUCGCCGUGCUAUGAAACGGAGCAGCCGGCGUUGUACGUCGCUAACUACCCUCAGGUAGAAGCAGGUGGAACGACGGACCCAGAAGCAGAUGUUCUGGUGAGGUUAGCCAGAGGAUCAGCUGGCUUCGGGUUCCGCAUAGUUGGGGGCACCGAAGACGGCAGCCGCGUCGCAGUUGGAUAUGUUGUACCUGGUGGCCCAGCAGACGGCCUGCUCCGACCUGGAGACCUAUUGACUUCAGUAGACGGUAUACCUUUAGCGGGCGCGACGCACGCCAGAGCGGUUGCCUACGUCUGCCAAGCUGCAUCCAGAGGGCAUGUGACGUUAGGAGUUCGUCACAAUAGAGCGGAUAUCCAACCAAUGGGCUUGCCGAACAUACCUGCGCCGCAUGUACACCAACCUUUACUCGCGACGGAGCCCCUGCAUCAGGUGCCAGCGGGGCCCUACAACAUCUUGCACCCGGCGCCGCUCUACCCGCCCGCCGCGCAUAUACCUAUGUACGGCGUCCAGUACGACACGAGCACGUCGCCCGGUUGGUCCAGUGCUCCGUAUGACGUGACGGUGACGCGGAACGAAGGCGAAGGGUUCGGGUUCGUCGUGAUCUCCUCCACCAACAAGGCCACUAGCACCAUCGGCCAGCUGAUCCCCAACUCCCCCGCGUCGCGUUGCGGUCGCCUGCACGUGGGCGACACGAUAGUGGCCAUCAACGCGCAGCCGGUGCGCAACCUACCGCACCCCGACGUCGUGGCGCUAAUCAAGCACUCCGGCACCGCCGUCACGCUCACCGUCACGCGCCCGCGGCAAGACUGACGCGUGACGCGUGACGCACAUCAAGACUGAAAUCUCGAAAUGAAAUGUAUCAUGCCGAUACUCAGGAAGGUUGAAGAAAAAUUCUCAUUCUCGAUUAAAUCAUACUUUAAGAUGACUUUUUACAGGUGUUUAAAUUAAAUUACCUGGAGUAUUGAAUCCAAUAGCUUUAAUUUAAUAUCAAAUUUAUUUUAUAGGGACUUUUUGGAUAAGAUACCUUAUAUCUAGUUGUAUUUUUUAGAAAUGUAUUUUAUUGUUAUAAUAAAUAAGUUAGUAUUAGGCACCUUAUGUAGUUAAAUUGUUAUUAUCCUUAAAAUGUUCACUUGCGGAUAUCUACCGUCCAAAUUAUAUAAGUACUUUAAGAAAGUUCUUACAGUCGUUAUUAUUAACGUACAUGUAAGCGAAGUUUCGCGUGACAAAUUAUUAAAAGCAGCGCCACAUAAUAAAAGCCUUCAAGGCCGUUUGCUCAUAGAUAAAAUAAUUUUGACAAAAUUCCACUAGAGCUUGUACUUGGUACCGGUGCCAACGAUUGAUAAAUAAAUAAAUAAAUAAUGUACUACGGGUAUACACACAUCGCAAUCUAGCCCCAAAGU